AGCGGUCCUGAUGCAGUUACCAUACAUUUUAUGUGGGUGAAUCUCUACCGUUUUUAAAGUGGUGAAAAACGAUAAAGUUUCUUUGGGAAUUUCAUUGGUCUAAGCGUUUUCCAAUUUUCGCAAGUUCAAUUCUGUAAAGCCAGAUAAUCUUAGGUCCGGGGACUCGUUUUUAGUGUCUCCUUAGUGCAAAUUUUCCUCUGUUCGAAUUCAAUUUAUUUUUAUGGAUGAUACCCGGCUUUUGUGAAGUGGAUAAUCUGUGCGUUCUCUUAGUAAGUUCUGUAUAAAUGUAAAAGUGGGGGUGGAAUAAGUGCGGAAAAGAGAAUAGUGAUAGUGUCGGUCCAGAUAGUGCCAACUGGAAAGUGCUACCUUACCGGGGUAUCUACCACAAAUACUCGUAGCCUUCUCAUAUCCCUUCCUUAGCGGAUUACUGAAACUCGGCGUGAAGUGAUCCCUUCCUACGAUUCGAUUCCGUGUUGAGAGAUUGAAAGUUGCUUUUUUUUGGGACUAAGAAACUCAUACCCGUGACUUGGGAUAGUGAUUCCGACUGUAUACUUGUACAACGAAUUCAAAACCAUACGAAGUCAUUAUCUUGGAAACAAAACGCAAAUUAUAUCAAUGCCAAGUGACAAAUCGAUGCAGCACAUUUUUAUAAUCACGACUUCAAUGCCAGUGAAUAAAAACUGAAAUCAAUAUCAAAACGCAACCAUUAUCUUGCAUUUUUCAAAAUCAAUUAUGAUUAUUGCUUGAAGGAGCAGUAUUACAUGUGACAGAAGCAGAAUAUCUAAGGAGAUGGCCCUUUUCAUCGACAACGACCGUUCGCAUCACCAGCAGCAGCAUUUAAGCUUCGAUGAGUUCGGCGAGAAUACAUCACAACAUUUCAUCACGACAGAGCAACAUUUAUGGGUCACGAACGCGACCGAGGUGCCAUACACUCCUUAUGACCUUCGACCUGAAACGUAUAUUGUACCAAUUUUGUUCGCCUUGAUUUUCAUCGUGGGUGUGGUUGGGAAUGGGACACUGGUGGUUGUAUUCUUACGGCAUAGGGCAAUGCGGAAUGUGCCUAACACAUACAUUCUCUCAUUGGCACUUGCGGAUCUUCUGGUUAUUGUAACAACCGUCCCACUUACUUCCACCGUAUAUACCGUUGACUCUUGGCCCUGGGGUAGCAUACUUUGUACACUAUCAGAAUUCAUCAAGGAUGUAUCGAUUGGAGUGUCGGUUUUCACACUAACCGCCCUUUCAUGUGAUAGAUACUUCGCUAUUGUAGAUCCCCUUAGGAAGUUCCAUGCUCAUGGAGGUGGACGACGUGCCACGCGUAUGACUAUAGCAAUUGCUGUCUUGAUUUGGAUAUUGGCUAUAAUAUGUGGUCUUCCAGCCCUAAUUGGAAGCUAUAUAAAGGAAAUCGAAAUCAACAGCAACAAAUCAUUUAGUUUUUGCUACCCGUUUCCGGACGAGUGGGGUGUUGAAUACGCCAAGUCAAUUAUUCUCGCCAGAUUUCUCAUUUACUACGCCAUUCCAUUGGUUAUUAUUGGAAUAUUUUACGUUUUAAUUGCGCGGCAUUUAGUUUACACAGCGAGUGUGCCCGGUGAAAUGCAAGGUGCUAUGCGGCAGGUGCGUGCCCGAAAAAAAGUUGCGGUGACAGUUUUGGCUUUUGUAGUUAUUUUUGGGAUUUGCUUUUUUCCAUCACAUCUUUUUAUGAUGUGGUUUUAUUACUGUCCUACAGCACGAGAUGAUUACAACGCUUUUUGGCAUGUCCUUCGAAUCGUGGGCUUUUGCCUAUCGUUUGCUAAUAGUUGUGCAAACCCAGUAGCCCUGUAUUUCGUAAGUGGCGCUUUCCGCAAGCACUUUAAUAGAUAUUUAUUUUGUCAAGGAGCCUCCGGUGGUCUGCGUCAUAGAAGUGAACAUCUGACUCAUCGGGAUACAUCAUUGACAAGCACGCUGUCGAGACGAUUUACGUCACGUCAUUCGUGUCGCCACAGUACAAUUAGAAGGUUCAGUGUGAAUAGAAUGCAAGAGACCACAAUUACAGUGAUACCAAACGGCCUUUUGAAUACGAACGACGAUUAUGGGUACGAGAGUGAUCAUGCUAUAUGAAAAUUAAAGAAACGACGAAACCUUCAUCCGAAGCGAAAUGUAGUCCUAACGUGCACAAAAUCUAGACUUGAAUUUAGUACUAUUAAAGAGUGAAAUCGUACGAAAUAUUUUUAUGUAUUCUAUCAACGAAUUUCUCACACACUUUACUGUGAAAGCAUUUGUAAAAAUUUUGUUUGAAGAUAGUUUCUUCAUGUAUUCGUUAAGUAGACCAAUUUUUCCCAAUGUACAUAAGAUCCAUAAAGAAAUGUAAGAUAUCACAAACUAGAGUUGUAACUGUACAAAAUAAAUGAA